UGUUAAAACUUUAAACAGUGUUAUAAAUACUAAAUUAUAUUUUGACACUAAUUUCAUUGAAAAUAAUUGUAACAGAUUGGUACUGUAAAGUGCAAUGUGUUUAAAUGGUGUUUUAUCAAGACUUUUUUAUUAUUACACUAUGCUUAUUUUGAUUUAAAAUUAUGAUAUCAACGUGAAGACAUUAAGCGGAUCAAAAAUGGAAGCGUGGUGGUUUUCUCGCAUUGUUGCACAUCAUCCAUGUGUUAUUUUAUUGACAGUAUUUCUAUUUUCUUGUACGUGUUUAAUAGCUCCACGUACUAUUGAACAUUUACCAGACUUUUCUGACCCUCAAUUGGGUUUUGAAGCACGGGGUACUGUAUUAGCGCAAAGACUGACAGCAUGGCAAAAUUUAAUGAAAGCAACAGAGCCUAGAGGAGAAUUUACUAAUAAUCCUUUCGAGUAUAAUUAUUAUUUAGAACAAAUAAAAGAACAGACUGACUCUAUUCCGCAAAAUCAUAGUUGGGCAAGUCAAGGUAUUCUUGAUGAAGAAGAUACAAGUAAUAAUAAUGACAAAGAUAAAUGGAAAGAAUUGUCAGAGUUAAGAAGUAAAAAUCAAUUUAACAUCAUAGAUUAUGACAAAAGUCAUAAUAAUUUAGACAGCGAAAGUUUUUUCUGUAAUUUACCGAACCCCAAUUAUGCUCGUGUAGUUAUUGGUAGCACGGAAACAGAAGAGAAAAGUUUAUGGACUAUGGAAGGUGUAUUAGCUCAGUGUCAUAUUGAUGCAGCGCUUAGAGCAAAUCCUCAUUUUACUUCAUUGUGUCAAGUUGAAGAGGAACAUAAUGGUAUCAAGAGUAAUCAAAAGUGUUGCAGAAGUUGGUCACCUGCUAAUUAUGUUGCCUUGUUGUCUAAUCGGAGUUCCUGUUUGGGAGUGACUGAGGAUGAUCUUAUUCGGGUAGAAGCUUUGUUAAGAAGAUGCGCUUAUUAUUAUUAUAAUUUGGAAUUAACUUCUAACUGUGCGGAAGAUACUAAUUGUCAAAAACGUGUACGGGCUGAAUGUUAUCAGCAUAACGCAGUUUAUCAUCUAUUACAUUAUCUUUUAGAUUUUAAUUUUAUUCCGAAUGACAAACAUCAAUUUGUAAACAAGUCACAUUUAGGGUUGCAGUCUGCUAUGUUAUUUCUCCCAAUGGCAGCCGGUUCAGCCAGUUUAGAUUUCUAUAAAGAUUUAAACAAUAACGGACUGAGUUAUGGAAAGUUUAAAGUACAAGGCAUGCAAUUGGGAUUAAAGAGUACAUUAUUUGAUCGUCUUUUGGUGUCAAAUUUUAGUCUUGUUCUAACAGGAUUUGGCUUUGUGACCUUAUGCAUUUGGAUGUACACUGGAUCUUUAUUAUUAACUAUUGCCACAUUCUUUGCAGUACUCUUUAGUCUUGGUAUUUCAUAUGCAGUAUAUACUCUUGUCCUGCAAAUUAAAUUUUUCCCAUUUAUGAAUCUACUUGCAAUUGUAGUCGCUGUCGGAAUUGGUGCAGAUGAUGCAUUUAUAUAUUGCAAGGUUUGGGAAUGUUGCAAACAACAAAAACUUACUAACGAUGGAUUACCACGAUUAGUACAAGAAACAAUGAAGCAUGCAGUACCGUCUAUGUUUGUUACUUCAUUAACAACAGCAGUAGCAUUUUUUGCAUCUAUUGUCAGUAAUGUCACUGCCAUUAAUUGUUUUAGUUUGUUUUCAGGGAUGACCGUGAUCGCUAAUUUCUUUUUAAUGAUCACGUGGCUACCGGCAUGCGUGGUAGUAUCAGAACGAUGUCGAAUAACUACUUUGUCACCUGCAAGUUUUAUUACAAGAAAAAUAAUUCGUCCCGUGCGAUUAUUUGCAGACAAAGUAGCUCUUACAUUUAGUACCUUUCUCACCAAAAUAGCAAUUGGUUUAAGAUGGUUUUGGCUUCUGAGUUUGGGUGCCUUAGCUACAGCCUGUUGUAUAGUAGUCUUUUAUAAUCCAGGAUUACAAUUACCAGAUACUCCUGACUUUCAGUUGUUUGAAAGUUCUCAUCCUUUUGAACAAUAUGACUUAAUUUAUUCUCAACAAUUCUUGUUUGAAAAACGUGAAAUGAUUGAUGAUGGUGAAGCGUUACCAAUGCGAUUCGUUUGGGGUAUAAAACCAAUUGAUAAUGGUGAUUAUCUAAAUCCUGAUAAAAAGGGUGAGCUAGAAUGGGAUGACUCUUUUGACGUGUCUCAUCCAAAAUCUCAAUUAUGGUUACAAGAGUUCUGCUAUAAUCUAAGACUUCAGCCAUUUUAUCGAAGCACAUUAGGAGCACUUCUUCAAAAUUGUUUUAUUGAAUCAUUACAAAAAUGGAUGGAAAGACAAUGUAAAAAUCCUAUAAAUGAAUCUAUUAAUUAUUCACCAUGUUGUAAAAAAAGUACUUUUCCUUAUAAACCGAAGGUAUUAAGAAAAUGCGCAGCGGAAGCUGCCGCACAUGUUUAUGUCACCCCUUCUAAUUUGUGGCGUCGAGAUGGUCCAGUCUAUGCAGGUCUGAAAUUUUUGAAAAAUCCAGUACAAACUUCAUUGCAAGGAACAAAUGCAACGAGAUCUUUAAAGUUACCAUUACCUAAAAUAAAGGCAUUAGUUAUAGAAUAUAAUAGUAUAUAUAACUAUAGUCUUUCGUAUUCUGAUAUGGAUCAAUUCUAUAAUCAAGUUGAAACUUGGAUGCAAAAACAAUUAAAAACAGCACCUCCAACCAUGCAAGGAGGAUGGUUUGUUAGUGAAUUGGAAUUUUACGAAUUACAACGUACAUUGCACGAGGGUACUAUUUGGGCUAUGGUCGUCUCGUUGGUUUUAGCACUUGCAGUAUUAGUAUUCGUGACACUGAAUCCUUUAGUUAGUAUGUAUGCAAUUAUAACUAUUGGUGCUGCUAUUAUAGUUACUGUUGCUGCUUUAAUUCUUCUUGGUUGGAAACUUAAUGUCCUGGAAAGUGUUGCGGUAUCUACUGCUAUAGGUUUGGCGGUGGAUUUCAGUUUACAUUAUGCUGUGAGUUAUCGAGCAUGCAACUCAGAACAAAGAAUGGAUAAAGUUAAAGCGACACUAAAUCAAAUGGGUGGUCCAACACUGAUGGCAGCAUUAACAAGUGGAAUUGCUGGUGCUCUCAUGUUACCCUCUGAUGUGUUAGCAUAUAUACAAAUCGGUAUAUUUCUAUUACUUGUGAUGGGAAUAAGUUGGAUUUAUGCAACAUUAUUUUUAUGCCCAAUGUUAGCAGUCAUCGGUCCAUCAUCGCACUUUGCACAAUUUCAAUACCCAAGGGCAGAUCAUAAUUCAGGUGGUGGCCUUGGAACAAGCAGAUGGUUGGAAGCAAUUUGGGAACCAAGUGCUAAAAUUUAUACUCUUCCUGGUGGCCUUGAUAUGCUUGAUGUAAUCGGUGAUGGAGAUGUGCGUCUUAUAUCCACUGAUUUUGGAUCCAUUAACGCUACUUCGGCAAAGAUACGUGUUUACAAAGGUAGUGAUCAAGUAACAGAGCAUAAUAUGAUGGAUGCACCUUGUGGAGUUGCUGGAUUUUAUACAGAAAACGGUGAACCCAAAUCAGCUGUAUUAGCAGCAGGAGCUGGUUCCAGUGUUUAUAUUUUUAAGAACUUGAGACCAUUCUUUAAAUAUUGUUUACCACAUCUCGAAGCUCAUCCUAAAGAGCGAGAAGUGCGUCUAAGAUUAAAAAUAAUAUUUGUGUAUACUUUUAAUGUAUAAUUAAUAUUAUUU